UUCAAUAUUCGGAGCUUCUUCUUCUUCUUCUUACCACUCUACAAAAAGCUUAUUCUUCAGCUCUGCAAAAUUCUUCCAUUUCAACUCUCGAGGAGUUUCUGCUUUUCUGAAGCCUAAUCUUUCUCUCCAUCUACCCGUGAAUUGAGGCUUGUGUUCUAGCGAAGCACAAUGGGCUGUGCUGGAUCGUCGCAGACCAACGGAGACGGGUCCAUAAAGAAGAUACGGAAGCCAAAAUCGUGGAAGCAUCCUCAGCCAAUUACAAGGUCUCAGCUCAUGCAACUACGGGAUGAGUUCUGGGACACUGCACCUCACUAUGGCGGCCGAAAAGAGAUUUGGGAUGCACUACGAGCAGCCGCCGAAGCCGAGCUUUCUCUUGCACAAGCAAUAAUAGACAGUGCAGGGGUCAUCGUUCAAAAUGCAGAUUUGACAAUCUGUUACGAUGAGAGAGGCGCAAAAUAUGAACUGCCCAACUAUGUUUUGAGUGAGCCAACCAAUUUGAUUCGUGACAGUUCAUAAAAAAAGCGGGGGAGCAAGUCAAAAUAGAAAAACUCACAUCGGGUUUAGGGAUAAUCAGACUCGAACGGAUGACUUCCGCCACGUCGAGGCAACACUCUACUACUGAGUUAUAUAGUUUGAAAUUGGCUAUAUUUAUUUAAGGGUGAUUAAUGCUUGCUGUUUUGGUGGUUGUAUAAAGAAAUGUUUUCCAGAUGUCUCUUCAGUUGUUGAUUUUGUAGAUUAUUCUUUUUUCUUAUCUAUUUUUCCGGCGAUAUUGUUUUUCUAAGGAUUCUUUCCUUAUUUAAGUUAUGUUGCUUUUGAAUGACUCUAAUUAUCUUUUUUCAUUGUGCCUUUUUAAGAGCAAGUUGAUAUCUUGCUAGGAUUGUUGCUCUUUCAUAUUUUGUUUGAAGAGAGUUUCGUUCUCGUAGUGGCCAAACAUGAGAACUGUGAUUCGAAAUCAUUAUUAAUCUUGAAAUUGUACUUGUGAUCAUUGUUGAAAUGAGCUUCGUGAGAAGGUUGUUCUAGGUCUUAGGGGACGCCCAAGAUUUCAUCAUUACUCGAGAAGGGAUUCCCUAAUUUAGAGUGAGCUUAAAUUCAUCACGUGAAAAGGUUUUCACAAGAAGGUGGAAAGAUUACGGUUGAGGGGAAGUCUCACAUUUAAGGGGAGCCUAAAUGAUUGCUUAUUAGUAUUCUCAUACAUAAGGGGAGCCUAAGUUUCCUUGUGAGAAUAUCUCACACUUAGGGAGAGUCUAAGUAUUCAUUCAUUGAAUUGAGCUAUUCGUGUAUCACUGUAUUUGUCAUAUGUUUACAGAUAAGUAUAACGUUGUAAUUGCUUGAAUUCAUAUUAGUAAAAAUAUC